AUGCCAAGCAAACGCAUAUCGAGGCGCCCUUUCCUCUCAAGUGAAGAGGUGACUGUAGGCAGCCUGAUCAACAACAUCAAUGAACCCGUAAAAGGUGCCUAUGGAUGCCCCUGGCCUCUGGGCCAAAUCGAGGACUUUGCAGUCAGAUCUGUACCCGACAUGUGCGCCGCUACUCAACCCACGAAAGACACAGGGCUAUCUGCUUCAUUCACCCGUUUAUUCAAAACACCCGGCCGCGGCUGUGCAGAUAGCGACGAUAUGCGUCCCAGAGGCGGAAAGCUAUAUACACUCAAAAACCCGAGGGAGCUAUUCCGUAACCUCAGCACAAACAAGGGCGUCAAGAAAUGGCUGCAACAACAGAUUGGUGAAAAAUCGGACGUGUACUUGGUAGAGGGCCUUGCGACGCUAGAAGGAAAUUCUACCAGUAGCUGCAUGGAUAGUGAAGAUAGUUAUCCGGCUCAGGGAGAACUGAUCUGUGCUAUGCGUGUUUUGAAGCUUGUCUUUAAGCCUUUUAGGACGAAAACUCUCGAGUCUGGGCGAUUGGAGAAGAAUAGCUCGUGGGAGGUGUUCUCGGAUUGCAAGUUGUUACACUCUCAGGCAGCGGAGUGGGUCGAAGUGUCGGACGGAGAGGAGAGCAGCCUAGGGGACCGGGAUCGUCGGGCUAUGGGAGAUAAUGGCCACGGUGGAAUGUUUGCUUUCGAUGAGGACCUUCGCGAGCAACCCAGGAAUCGACGUGAGGAAGUGAGCCGGUUCUCAGAUGAUUCGCGAUAG